AUGUUGGUCCCAAUCGUCGCAGCCGCCGCUCUGAUGAGCUAUCUCGUCUGGAGACUCCAUCAACAGCGCAGCAUGUUCAAAGAUCUGCCUGGUCCGCCGCAUCACGCUAUCUGGGGACACUUCUUGGUCAUGCGGGAAAUUGCAGACUGUCUUCCUCCUGAUGCCACUCCCCAACUGUUUGCACACCUGAUGCGUAAGAGAUACGGCCUGGGCGAUUUCUUCUACCUCGACCUCUGGCCACUCGCACCGCCACAGCUCGUCAUCGCUCACCCGGAGAUGGCGUCGCAAGUCACCCAAAAGAUGAACCUGCCUAAGGAGUCGGCUAUCAUGCAGAAGUGGACUGGACAUAUCCUGGGCAAGAAGUCCAUGGUGACUGCCAACGGUCAUGAUUGGAAGAUUGCAAGAAAGUCGUUCACAUCGGGCUUCCAGCCUCAGAAGCUGUUGCAGCAUGUGCCGAGUAUCGUGGACGAUGCACUCGGCUUUUGCGAGGUGUUAAAGGUACAUGCAAGGACACAGGAUGUGUUCAAGAUGGAGGAUUUGAGCGCGAGGAUGAUUUUUAACAUCUCGGCUAGGGUCAUUUUGGGCCUCAAGUGCAACGCGCAGCGAGAUGACGACGAGUUCCUUGAACUCUUCCGCAAACAGGCAUCUCUAGCCCCUCAAGACUUUUGGUCGCGAUAUUUGUACGACAUCAGCCCCCAACGGCACUACCAGAAAUGGAAGCAUGGCCGCGCUCUCGACCGCUAUGUUGGUCGCAUUGUGGACGAGCGGAUCGUCCAUGUGCCGGACGAGAAGAGCAAGUAUCACGCUAUCGACGAGGCUAUUGCCACCAAUCGAGACUACCAUAGUCUAUCGGACAAGGAGACGCGUGACAUGCUCAUUGCAUCCGUCAAGACUUUGAUCUUUGCCGGCCAUGACACCUCAGCCAGUACUAUUUGCUACAUAUAUGCCGCGCUUAGCAAACACCCCGAGGUCCUCUCCCGAGUCCGAGAAGAGCACACGAACGUUUUCGGACCUAAUCCCUCAAGUGCCCCCGCCAUGCUCCGCGCCGACCCGAAGCUCGUCAACAACCUUCCCUACACCCUCGCUGUGAUCAAAGAAGCCCUGCGCCUGUGGCCACCCACGGGUGUCAGCCUCCGCCACGGCGUGCCGGGCCAAACCCUCAAACAGGCUGACGGCACGGAAUGGCCCACCUACCCCUUCGCCGUGCUCGUCAACAACUGCGCCACCAUGCGGCGCGAAGACCUUUUUAAGGACCCCGAACGAUUCUUUCCUGAGCGCCAUCUCGUUGCCGACCCCGCUGACCCGUACUUUGUGCCCAAGGAUGCGUGGCGGCCGUUUGAGAAGGGGCCCAGAAAUUGCCUGGGCCAGACGUUGGCUUUGAUGCAGCUCAAGAUUGCGCUUGUUAUGACGCUGCGCACUUUUGAUUUUGCUAUUGUUUAUGAGAAUGGAACUUAUAUGUACCAGACUUUGGAUGUCACGGCCAAGCCGUCUCAGGGGUUGCCAACUAGGGUCAGGAUGGUUUAUAGUAUCUAAGUUACCAAUUCUUGGGGUAGGAAGGCGUUUUGGGUUUGUUUAUAUUUAUGAAUGGAUUGUAUUCGAGUCAAAGGGUAUCUUUGGAAUGGGUAGUGGAUAAACUGGAGGUUUAUAGUAUAUGUAUACGUAAUUUGUUACCUG